AUGGAGCUCAUACAGCUUUGGGCAAGAGCAACAUCAGAAGACAAGGAGCCCUGGAGCUCAGACUGUGACCAACGUUUUGUUCAGGAUGCACGUACUCUACAAAGAAUCUUCCUCCUGAGUCCUCAUCUGAGGGGCUGGUGGUGCCGUGUUAGCUACAGAACAAAGGCUGCCGGAGGCGUCAUUCCACGACCUAUUUUCUUCCCCAAAGGACCUGGGUCAAGCCCACGAUUGAGGAGUUUCUCGGGAUUCAACUCUGAAACUAAAACUAAGAACCCAGAAGUCGUGCCCCCCUGUCCAACGAAGGUUUGGUCGUGA